AUUUGACGAUUUAUUUUAUAGCAGCAAGGGGUGGAGUAAACUAAGCUAGACAGCAGUGAACACUUUCCAUUAAACACUUCAAUAAAAAAGUCCGUCGGUAAAGGGAACCUUUCUGUACUGAGAGCCCGAGCUGUUCUGUUAUGGACCCCAGCAAAUGUGCCAGUGCACCUCCAGCGGGAUGGUCUGGUGAGAAGUCCUCCAUGGGCCAUGCGCCCCCUCCGCCCUACCAGGACCAGCCGUACCCGGGGUACCCGCAGCCCGGCCCUGGAUACCCUCCACAUCCGCUGGGCUACGGCUUCCCUCCGCAGUAUGGGGGUGCAGUUGGACAGCAGCCGUACCCCAUGGGUCAGCAGGCCACCGUCACUGUCCAGCCCACAGUGUAUGUGACACAGGGCCCGCUGGCUCACCCUGUCAAUGACCACUUGUGCUACUCCAUCUUCACCAUGCUGUGCUGCUGCCUGCCCCUGGGAAUCGUUGCCCUCAUGUACUCCAUCUCA